UCCAAUGGUGGCCGGCGAUAAAAGCAAGGCUUGCUCUGUGGGGGAACUUGGAUCUGUGCUGGAGUAAUUUGUGUUGCUAUGUGCCGCUUCGGGCCAAUGUUUGGAGGUACCGAACGAAGCUCUGCAUGAGUGUCCAUGUGUCCUCUUCCUGCACGGAGCAGGACUCUGCUGUAGAAAGACUGCCUUCUCCAGAAUAUGCCUUGUCUCCAUGGUAACAGGCCUAAGGCAAACCCAGAACAACUUCGGGCCAAACUUGUCCACUCUUGUCCAACUUACCUAAUCCUGGACUUUACUGAAGAGGAAAAAAAUCCACUCAAUUAAUCAUUCUUGAAAUAUUAGUAAGGUUCUCUAUUAUGUCUCGUAGUCAUUUUAACAAUUAGAGUGCAUUCACAGGACCCAGAAUGCCGAAAAUAAUGGUGCUUGAAAAUUUGUCAUUUUAGAAGCAUACAUUCUACUCUUUGGUGAUCACAAUGCAGAUGACUUUGCAUACUCUUUAAAUGGUCCCACCAGGUUGAAAACUGCAUUCAACAGUUAGCUUUCCUUGAUCAUUAUGUCAGGGAUAUUUUUAUUCACAAUUAAGGGUUCUUAAACUGGGCUGCAUCCGUCCCAAACUGGUCAGAAAGGAGUCUUAAACCAGGACCAGAAUGCACCAGCUAUUCAGCCAGGUGCUGGGGCAGAGGGAUCUGUCCAGAGCGGGAGAUCUGUUUUCUCUGGAGGACACAGAGAUCGAAGCCUGUCUGUCUCAGGCUCUGGACCAGAUCAAGACCAUCUCCUGCUCACAGGUCAGCAGGCAGAAACCAACACACAUAGAUAAUAUUUAUCCAAGAUAUUACAAGGCAAAUGACUAUUUGACCAAUGACAAUGACCAGGCAGUGGUGGAGAUUUGCAUAACGCGCAUCACCACGGCCAUAAGGGAGACAGGCUCCAUCGAGCAACACAGCACAGCGCUGGUGGGACUGUGGGAGUCGUGUCUUGAACAUAACCUCACCCCGCAAGGUGAAAACACCGAGGACACACCGCAUGCCAAGAUAGCCUCCGACAUCACCAGCUGUAUCCUGCAGAACUACAGUUGUCCUUCGGUCAUGGUGCUGGCUGUCCCAGUAGCGGUGCGGUUCCUGCAGAGAGGGAACAGGGAGCUGAGCAGGAACAUGUCCAGUUAUCUCUCCCUGGCUGCCAUCGCCAAGGCUGAUCUGCUGGCUGAACACACAGAGGCCAUAACGCUCAGUGUCCUGGGAGGUAACUACAUGCUGUUACGAGUGUUGCCCUCAGUCUACCCCAGACAACCGGAUACCAUCCACUGUCACCUAGGCAACCUCACUGCGAUGAUGUCACAGCUGGAAUCCCCAGAGCAACAACACCUGAUCAGACUCAUUCAAAUUGUUGCUGAGCAACAUCCACUUAUGUUAAGCCCUCAGGUGCCCACACUAGUCAGUUACCUAGGAGACCAAUCCGUAACUGAGGCCCUACUGGGUGCACUUGUGGAUGUGUCACAGGCCAGCCCUUCCUCACUGGUCAGCUUUCUGCCAACGCUGAGAAUUGUGGGACAAAAAUGCCCUGCUCUCCUGGGUCACGUUGCCAAAAUCCAUGGGGCCGUGGGUAUCAUCAGUGAGACUCAUGCUCACAGCUCCUUGGUCUACCUGGUGUCCUGUCUGGGCAGCAUGGAGCACAGCUUUCACCACACAUUGCUGCUGGAAAUCAGAGCUCUGACCGACCGUUACUCGUCUUUAGUGGGAGGCUGCGGUAAAGACAUCUACAGGAUGAGCAACUCGUUUACUGCUAUAGCCCGACUGCUGGGGAGAAGACUGGAGGAGAGCACGGCUAUCCACUGCAGGGUGGACGAGGCAUGCCCGCAGUCUCCCUGUGCAUAUCUUCCGGGGGGAGGCGGGGGAGGUAGUGGGUCAGAGGAGCGGCUGCAGGUGAAGAUCCAGGCCUUCGAUGAGAAAAUGGCGGAGGAGGGGGAAGAGGAGGAGGUGGAGGAGGACUCUCCGGCCCCCCAGCGACGCUACAGCCUGAGCCAAGCAGUCAGGGAAGAGAGACGAGAAAUGAGAUUCAACAGGUCAAAGAGCCUGGCUCUCCACGCUGUGCGCUCACGCUCCAUCAACUCAGACACCGGGGAGGACGGUGAGGGAUUGGAGCCAAGCCCAGACCACAUCUCCUCCAACACAUUGGUGAAUUCACACUCAGAAAACCAGGAAGCACCGACUGCUGAGAUGAAAGUGACGGGUGACGGUGCGAUGCCCAUUACCACUGCCCUGGACAGAGGGGUCAAAGAGGCUGAGAAAGAUCCAAGCAGAGAGAAGGAGGAGCAGGAGGACGCCGACAGACUCUUCAUCCAUUUAAGAGACAAUAUGGAGACGAUCAGAGAGUUCUGUCGAGACAUGGUGCAGCAGAUCCCCAUACCAGAGCAGUGUGCGAUAGAAGAUUCAAAUCGAGGAUGUGUGGCCAAGCUGUCGUUCUCCUGUCCUCUUAAGGGCCACUACUGUCUGUACGCCAAGUCCUGCUUCAACCUGACCAGCCGACAGCCUCAUCUUUGGAUACACAUCAUGCUGCUACAUCUACAGAGUAAGUCCAGUGUCGCUCUGUGCUCCAGGGAUGAUUGUGUCCAGAGGCUUGCCUCCCUUUGGGAGAAGACGCAGCUAAAAGGUGCUCACAGCUUCCCCAUGGCCAUGACACAGCACACCACCCCACACAGGAAGGACCUGGACAGUCUCCAGAUUCAGCUCGAGGAGGUGCGUUUCUUUGACCUGUUUGGCUACAGUGAGGAAGAGGGAGGUUGGCUCUGCUUCAUGUGUAACAACCCUGAGAAGGCCACAGUUGUGAACCAGGAGGGACAGCCUCUGAUUGAGGGGAAGCUGAAGGAAAAGCAGGUCCGCUGGAAGUUCAUCAAGCGCUGGAAAACCCGCUACUUCACCUUGGCAGGAAAUCAGCUACUCUUCCGAAGAGGCAAAUCAAAGGAUGAGCUGGAUGACAUCCCUAUUGAGCUGAGCAAGGUGCAAAGUGUCAAGGUGGUAGCCAAGAAGCGGCGUGAUCGGGGCUUACCGCGGGCCUUUGAGAUCUUCACGGACAGUAAGACAUACGUGCUGAAAGCUCAGGAUGAGAAACACGCUGAGGAGUGGCUGCAGUGCAUCAACGUUGCCGUGGCUCAGGCAAGAGAGAGGGAGAACAGAGAGGCAACCACCUACCUGUGAGAGCACCACAGUUAACUAAUGAGGACACAUACUGUACAUGUGCAGACUAUACAUGCCAUGCAUACAAACUCAUACAUACACAAACAAGCAUACACUGAGUAAUAUUUUGAUUGUCUGUACACAGAAGCACACAACAUCCACUCCCAGGGGCAUAACUUUGAAUGUGUAAUAUACACCGUACCUAUCAACAACAAAACUAAUUGUUAUGCAGUAUUUUUCUUUAAAUAAACCAGCAAUAAAAGACUGUAUGGUGUGUAUCCAA